UUAGUUGUUAAACAAUACACUUUGAGUUAAACGGUGAAAGUGUAUAGACGUCUUAAUUUGGUGAAGUCUUCAAAAAUGGCAACAAAGUCGAGUCCGGUUAAAUCAGCUUCAAAGCCACAAGGUGUAGUGGUCAAAGGUUACCUUUUCCUGUACAAUGCCGUACAAGUAGCUGGCUGGAGUUACAUCCUCUUUCAAUUGGUGAAUUACUAUCUGCUACAGAGUCCACAAUUUCGGGCACAAAUUACGCUUUGGGACUACACCCGUUUUGCAGUAAUAGUUUUCCAAAAUGCUGCUUUUGUUGAAAUUUUAAAUGCAGCUUUUGGUUUGGUAAAAUCAAAUCCAGUGAUAACAACGUUUCAAGUACUGAGUCGAAUGAUGGUUGUGAUUGGAGUUGUCAUGGCUACGCCGACUGGUAAAGUGUCACCUGGUCUACCGAUUGCACUUCUCGCUUGGGCUAUUACUGAAAUCAUACGAUACGGGUAUUAUGCCCUCAAUAUUUUAAAUAUCAUGCCCUACAUUGUGGUCUUCCUACGUUACACAACAUUUAUUGCGCUUUACCCCAUCGGCGUAACUGGAGAACUGUUGUGUUUCUGGUGGGCACAGAGCUAUGCCAAAACAAAUACAGUUUGGUCCUGGGAAAUGCCAAAUAAAUGGAACGCCACGUUCUCAUAUUUUGCGCUGCUGUGGAUUGUGAUGCUUCUGUAUAUACCACUCUUUCCGCAAAUGUAUUUGCACAUGUUUGCACAGCGCAAAAAGAUAUUGGGAGGAAACGUCAGCAAAUCUCAAGGAACUAAAAAAACUAAUUAAUAAGUUUAUGCAGUUUUUAAAUACAUUUAAUAAUAUGUUAAAAUAUAGCUACCGAAAUGCUCAAAGUGGCCUAAAAUAUUUUUUUUUUAUUUUACGUAAAACGCGAACAAAGAAAAUACAAAUACAAUAAUAAAAAAAUUAAAAUACAAAUAAUUAAGUAAGACUACUUUUGUGAGAUUUUGUAAUUUUUGGGCAUUAGCCAUCAGAUUUUUAAAUAAAAAGUUUUAUAAAAAAUA